CUCCCAUGUGGCAUUGCGAACGGUCGGUUUCUAGGUGUCUAGCAACAGCUAUCAGUUCAGACAGCCGGCGGCAACGGGAGCUCUAUUUUUCGGUGUGCCUUUCCACGAUUAUUCGCUGCCGAGUAUUCAUAUUUAAUAGUCAAUUGGCUGAAAAUAGGGAAAGCAACCACCCUGACCCCUGCACAGAGAUAUGAGCGGCAGCGGGCGGCCCAGGACCAGCUCGUUUGCUGAGCCGCCAGGUGUUCCAGGAACCGCCGCUGCGUCCACCGGAUCAGCCGCUGCCGUGGGGAGCAGCACAGGAAAGUCCGGGGUCCCGCAGGCCUCCGGCAGCAACUCGUCGGGAUGCUCGAACCUUAAGCUUGCCAGAGACAGCGGAAAGGUGACGACAGUCGUGGCCACGCCAGGUCAGGGACCAGACCGCCCACAGGAGGUCUCUUACACAGACAUCAAGGUGAUUGGCAAUGGGUCGUUUGGUGUGGUAUACCAAGCUCGCCUCAUCGACAGCCAAGAAAUGGUGGCCAUUAAGAAGGUCCUGCAAGAUAAGAGGUUCAAGAAUCGGGAGCUCCAGAUCAUGAGGAAGUUGGAUCACUGCAACAUCGUCAGGCUACGUUAUUUCUUCUACUCCAGUGGAGAGAAGAAAGAUGAGGUGUAUCUCAACCUGGUGCUGGACUUUGUGCCUGAGACUGUCUACAGGGUGGCCCGGCAUUUUAACAAGGCCAAGAGCAUCAUUCCUAUCAUAUAUGUGAAGGUGUACAUGUACCAGUUGUUUCGUAGUCUGGCAUACAUCCAUUCCCAGGGCGUCUGUCACAGAGACAUCAAGCCUCAAAACCUGCUUGUUGACCCAGAAAGUGCCAUCCUCAAGCUGUGUGACUUUGGCAGCGCCAAGCAGCUGGUCCGCGGAGAACCCAACGUGUCGUAUAUCUGCUCUCGCUAUUAUCGUGCCCCCGAGCUAAUUUUCGGUGCCACGGACUACACGGCAAACAUCGACAUCUGGUCCGCAGGCUGCGUCCUGGCCGAGCUGCUUCUCGGACAACCCAUAUUCCCCGGUGACAGCGGGGUGGACCAGCUUGUUGAGAUCAUCAAGGUGUUAGGAACCCCGACUAGGGAACAAAUCCGAGAGAUGAACCCCAACUACACAGAAUUCAAGUUUCCUCAGAUCAAAGCUCAUCCAUGGACCAAGGUGUUUAAACCUCGCACCCCACCGGAGGCCAUCGCCCUUUGCUCCCGGCUGCUGGAGUACACGCCGGCCUCGCGCUUCUCCCCACUAGAGGCCUGUUCGCACGCCUUCUUCGAGGAGCUGCGCCAGCCAAACACACGACUGCCCAGCGGCAGAGAACUGCCGAUGCUCUUCAACUUUAGCACCACAGAGCUGUCCAUCCAGCCUCAACUGAACUCAACCCUCAUUCCUCCUCACGCUCGCUCCCACACUGCUGCUUCUGCCCACGAUGGUUCCGAUUCAUCUCAACACAGUUCAGUACCAGGAUCUCUUAACAGCAUUUGAAGCAGCUUCUCACCUGCCUGCCUGCAAGCAUCCCCCUUAUCUCAACAAACACACACACACACACACACUCUACUACUUUCCUCCAUGCUGCUUGCUCUCCUUAGAUGAUCUGUUUUUGUACAGUAAAUGCAUUGAACAAACUAUCAUUAGCUCUUUAGCUGCCAGGGGUCAAAGCGGCAGGUGAUUGUUACAAACAAAAACAGUGGUCUCGCUGCUGCUCUGGUGUUCUGUGAAGGCUCAAUAGUGGGGGCUGGUCCUCUGUAUUACGACUUUUCUUCUUCUUUUUUUAAAAUUCAACAUUUAUUGUUUUUUAAUAAUUGUUUAAUUUAUUUGACUAAUGUGGUUUCAAAACAUUUUUUGUCGCCACGGUUUUAUUUUAUUUCCACCAGUUUUUUUGUUUUUUUUGUUCUUUGGUGUUAUUUUUGCAUCUGAACUGUGCGCGCCGGAGUGAGAUCAGAAGAAGCCCCACAUAGGUCAUCAGGGUAAAGGAUGUUUUAUUCAGUGGAUGCUGGGCGUGAUAGCUUCCUUCAUCUUCCAGGCACGUUAUUUGAGCCAAUGCAGCCCAAUGUUAACGUUAGAAUUAAACCUCCGCAUUUUGAUUAUUCUCGGCUUGAGUGGCAGCUGGAGCAGAAAUCCUCCCUAGUAGCAGUCAUCGGUGUUUGAUAGGAAGCGUUUUGCCACUUUUGGGUUUCGGGGCUGAGUUACUUUAUACAAGGCAGACUGGAAAUCACCUCUCCUUCAGCUUGUUCCCUCAUCGUUGGGCAUUUCCUUGUGCGAUACAGUUCCCCUACAUGACCACAGUUGUCUUAAAAGUAAAGGUAAGAUCAGUCAUGGAUGUUAGACUCCUUUUCAGCUGUUCUCAGUGAUUUUUGUUUGACUCAUUUCUACCGGCGGUCAUGCAAAAGUGUUCAUUUGUUUGGACACACAGGAAUAGCUCUAAAUAUAUAGAUAUAUAAAACCAUCCUUUGAAAUGGAGCAAACCAAUCCCAAACGGCAGUAUUGCAAAUAUUCCUACAUCAGGGCGCCGCUUGCUCCGUGUCAGACCUGCUCGCUUGGUGUGUUCCCGGUUAGAUGCCAAACCAGCAGUGCUUGGAUACUGCUGUGUGAGCUCAAAUCUUUAAGAACUUGUUUCUAGAAUUUACUUGCUAGGAAAAUAACCUUUUCAAACCAGAUGGAGAGGAAAUAAGAAGCCUGACAGCCUUCACUGGUACUACAGUGCUAGAAAUGAGCAAAGUAUCGAAGGAAGUGGUUGAGUUCAAUUUUUUAAUCAUACACAAAAAUAUACAUCCUUUUUAGUUUCAUGUUAGGCUUUUAAAACAGAACUUUCAUUCAUUGUGGUUCAUAAAAUGAAGUCGACACGUUCUAAACGUACUUUUAACCUGUCUCAAAACGUUUUAAGAUAAUCUAUUCAUUUUGAAGCCCCGAAAAGUCUUGAAAUGUGGUUAAUAUUGGAACUUCAAGAGUAAUUAACUUAUUUUUUAACAUGGCACCUAUUUUUCAUGAUUCUUGUCUGUUAACUGGAUGAGGGUGAGACUUGGACAGAGGAGUUUGUUUUGGAAACCAGAGAGUCUAAAUCAUUUUUAAUGUCACCACUCAUCAUUUAGCUCCUUUUGGCAAUGUGGAUCAGGCCUGACCCGCAUCUUUAGUAGACGUACUCUAAGGAGUUUAAACACAAAUGUUAUUGAAUCUAAACAGCCCCCCUCCCGCUGAAAUAUCAUCCAUGUCCUUAUGUUGGUGUAGAAACAGUUUUUGUGCCUCCAAGAGCUGAGUGAAUGUCGGUCCUCCUGAUGAUUAAAUGCUGCAAAGGAAAUUCAGAAUGCCAGGAACGGAUUUAAUGCUCUCUUGAACUUGAGGUGUGUGGGGGGGGGGUCCUCUAAUGUAAAUGUAUUUAUUUCGGGGACGAGAAUCGGAUGGCAGUACAUUUCAGCAAGAAGGCUUUGAAAUGGCCUCCCGGCGUCUUUAGUUCCAUUAGUGGGAAUGAUUUUGAAAAGUUCCUCUGAAGACGUGAUGACAUGUGACUAAAGCGCAGCAGAGAGGAAGGCUGAAUGUCACGCAGGGGACUUCCUGUCAGCUGAUUGUGUGCGCACGCUCCUUUUCCUUCCGUCUUUUUGACAGGACCCAUGUUGAGUAUUACCCUUAAAAAAUGUUGGAAAACAGCUGUUUGAGGUGGAGCUCAGACUGCGGUCAUGAGUCAAAGUAUUAUCUCAAAAAGAGAAGUGCAUUUUUGACCUGCGAGUCUGUAUUUAGGCUUAAAGCAGUCAACAAUACAGAUUUUUAGUAAGCAGUACAGACCACUUGAAAGUGGGUAGUGGUAUAUUUGAUACUACUGCUCCAUGCUUCCACCUGCUGUUUCUUUCACGUUUGCAUUCACUCUUCUUUUUACUCCACCACAUUAUGCACAUUCACAUUGAUUUGAUUGGAGGAGAGUGGAGAGCAUCUUUCAUCCUCUUUCUCACCGCUAAUAUCACCCACCAGUCGUGCGGGGCUCAUUCUGCUUUUUUUUUCUUCUUCUUUUUGCUGUUCAGAGUCCAGAACGCUCGGUUGGAUUCCCUCUGCAGGAAGUUCACACUAAGAGCUGUCAGACUCUCUGUGGCCAUGAAAAGGUGUGACCCUGUGGGGGGUGUGGAGGGGUCCCCAUCCCUCCGAUCUCUGAACCCGCUCACUCUCCCGCUCUUAUCGCACGUGUAAAUAUCACUGAUUUUUAUUUUCAUCUUUUUACUUUUUAUGACAGAGUUGUUUAUAUCGUAUCUCUCCUCAUGCCGCCAAUGAAGCAGUCUUAGUUUGUGCGCAUUUUUUGUAAAUAAGUUUAUUUUAUUUUUCACAAUUCAGAAUGUAAAUACUGCAAAGAAAAGAAAAAAAAAUCAGGCUAAUGUUUGUUGAUGAUCUCUCUCUCUCGUUGUGAAAAAUGUAAAGUAGCUGUUGCUCAGCAGUCCUCCCUGUCCGGCCCUCUGUGGGUCCGUCUGACUGUUGAAUGAAUAUUGCAAAGGUUCUGUUCCAAAAUGCUUCUUUCUAAUAGGCUCCCGUUUAACAUAGUGUGACCCCUUCUAAAAAAUCAAGUGCAGAGGCAUGUCGUGUUAGCGUGACAGUGCUCUCCCACGUUUCUCGUUAAUGUGGAUGUGACCCACUCCAGGUCCCACUUGGCGUGCUGCAGGUGCUUCACAAGAGGGAGCUGUUUGGUCCUCAUCAGGCGAGUUCUGCAAAUGGAAUGAAACGUUGUCAGGACCCAUGGUAACCCUUCUGUUGUUCAAUUUUAGUUACUGAUUUUAAAAUAGAGCUCUAAAAUGGAAAAAGAAGAAUAAGUCUCUGGCCUCAAGGAGAGUUGAGAUUCAGACUGACGUUGAGUGCAGUUGGUUUUGGAACAGAACGUUUGUGUGGUGACAGGUUGCAAUAUAUUAUUACUGUGCAGUAUUAAGAAGAAAAUAAUGUUUGCCACAGGUCUCUGGUAUUUUUAGAGAAAGUGUCUCGUUCAGUCGGUCUUAAAAUCCCAACAUGAUGUUUUUACUGGUGCCCAAUCCGUGCAUCACAAAAUAGCAGAAAAUGACUUGUGUUGUGACAGACAGAAACACUUCUUGUAUGUUAGUUACCUGGCAACAUGCAGAAAUGUUUUAAGUGAACAACAUUUUAGAAAAAGAACAUUUUUGUUAAUUCUCUGAAACACCAGUUGUGAUUUAGGGAGAUUAGUGUUUUCUUCAAAAAAUUGAUAUGUCACUUGUGGUUCAUUCUUCUCCGUGGCCAUUAGCUUUGGUGUCAUCCUGCCCUGGUGGACUGAUGUGAUGGGAGAGAGAGGGAGAGAGAGAGAGAAACACAAACCCGCCUGUCUCUGUUCUGUGUAUGUUCUGUAUAAUAUGGACUCAUUUACUGUAAUAAAGUGAUGAAACUGUGA